AUGAGACUGUGCCUAGCAAUCGGACUUGAUCAUCACCAACCGUUUCUCUACGUCACUGAUCCACAACACACACGGGCACCCCUCGGAGGCAGUGCUCGACUUGCCUGUCGGCUGCUUUGGAAAGAUGCUUUCGGCAACACCUGGAAAGGCCGCACUCCACCAGUCCAAGUGCAGUGGAUAAUCAACGGAUUCGGUUACGAGAUGGACACUUUGGAGGCCAGUUUUCGGAGCAGGCUGACCGUAGUUGGCAACCGCUCCAAUGGUGAGUGGAACGCAAACAACACCAAAAGGCUAUUCAGUGUCUUAAAACUAAAAACACCCGUUUCUAUCACUGUGGGUGGAUUUUUAAUCACCGCUUACUGUGAACCGCCAGCUGAAAUUGAAGGACACAAUCUCAGUGAUGGUAAGUAG